ACUGACUGGGGACAGGAAUAAAACCUCUCGGGACUGCUGUCUGCAAACUGGCGAUGGAGUAGAUUUGUUUUCAGAUUUAGUCCACGGGCAGACUCGCACACACAGACCUACACACACACAUACACACACAAUACAGCCGCUGCACUGUGAAUCGGCAACACUGUCUCUGCAAACCAUGCCUUGCUCCCCGAUGACUGCAUCCAUGUGUUCUCCAGAUCUGAGUGUAAACUGAACAAUCCACAAGGAACUGGUACGGAGAGAGCUGCCUUCCUCGCCAUGAAUGUUGCUCUGCAUGAUCUGGGAGAAACGGAGACUGAUGUACAGGGACGCCCGGGUCUCGUUGAAGAGCUGGUGCAGGCACAAUGAGCUGAUUGGCCUCCUGCUGCAUUGGAGCAACUCUGUGGAUUGAAUUCUACAGGCUGUAUGCUUUGGGAGAGACGAGAUGUGACCAGACCUAAGGCAGUGAUACCAAGGGAGCCAGUGUCAAUACAAUGUCGACCUACAAACGAGCUACCUUUGACGAGGAUGACCUGAUCGACUCCACUGUUGAUGAUGUGUACACAGAGAACCAUCAGAUGACCUUCAGCAAGCCGAGAAACCUGAGGGACUGCUGGACUAAUCGGAGCCACCUUGAGAAAUGUCUCCUGGUCCUCACUGCCAUUCUGGGGCUGCUGCUGCUCUUCUCCAUUGUCCUCGCACUCGUCUUUAAAUACGAACAUACCCCGAAGGUUUGUUUGACGGAGUCCUGUGUCAUCGUUGCCAGCAACGUCCUCAAAUCCUUGGAUCGAUCUGCUGAUCCCUGCCAGAACUUCUACAAUUAUGCCUGUGGUGGCUGGAUUAAGGGCAACCCACUGCCUGAUGGAAAGUCACGGUGGGGAACCUUCAACAAACUGUGGGACCAUAACCAGGCCAUCAUGAAGCAUCUCCUCGAAAACACCACGUUGAACACUACCAGUGAAGCUGAACGUAAAGCCCAGCAUUAUUUCCAGGCCUGCAUGAACGUGCAGAAAAUCGAGGAGUUACAGGGACAACCCCUUCUAGACAUCAUUAACAAGCUAGGAGGCUGGAACAUCACAAAUCCAUGGGAUAAGGACAACUUUCAGGAAGUGCUUCAGUCUGUUACAGCUCAUUACCGGACCUCCCCAUUCUUCACCGUCUAUCUGAGCACAGACUCGAAGAACUCCAACAGUAACGUCAUCCAGGUGGACCAAUCAGGCCUUGGAUUACCCUCGAGAGAUUAUUACCUCAAUGCAACAGCCAAUGACAAGAUCCUCACGGCCUACUUGACUUACAUGAUGGAGCUAGGGGAGCUCCUGGGUGGCGAGGAGACCUCCACGCGGGCACAGAUGCAGCAGGUGUUGGACUUUGAGGGUGCCCUAGCUAACAUCACUGUGCCCCAGGAAGACCGCCGAGAUGAAGAACUCAUCUACAACAAGAUGACUGUGCGAAACCUGCAGGCGUUAGCCCCUGUUGUUGAUUGGCUGCCGUUGCUUUCGGCCGUCUUCUAUCCUGUCGAGCUGAAUGACUCUGAGCCUGUGGUUGUAUACGCAAAGGAAUAUCUACAGAAGGUCUCAGACCUUAUAAACUCCACCGAUAAAUGCAUUCUCAACAACUACAUGAUAUGGAACGUGGUGAAGAAAACUGCCUACAACCUGGAUCAUCGCUUUCAGGAAGCUGAGGAGAAACUCAUCAUGGCCAUGUCAGGAACAAAAAAGACAUGUGACACUCGAUGGAAGACAUGUGUCAGUGACACAGAUGGUACCCUCGGGUUUUCGCUCGGAGCUCUGUUUGUCAAAGCGACGUUUGCAGAGGACAGCAAGCAAAUCGCAGAAGAGAUGAUUUCAGAAAUUAAAGCUGCAUUCGAGGAGAGUCUGAAGCAAACCAAGUGGAUGGAUGACCAGACCAAACAAUCCGCAAAGGAAAAGGCUGAUUCAAUCUACGACAUGAUCGGCUAUCCAAAGUUCAUCAUGGAUCCUAAGGAGCUGGAUAAACUCUUCAGUGAUUACCAAGUGGUUCCUGACCUCUACUUCCAGAACGUUCUCCAGUUCUAUAACUUCUCUGCUCGAGUAACAGCUGAUCAACUGCGGAAGCCUCCCAAUAAGGAUCAGUGGAGCAUGACCCCUCCCACAGUUAAUGCUUACUACUCCCCGACAAAGAAUGAGAUUGUAUUCCCAGCUGGAAUUCUGCAGGCUCCAUUCUACACCAGGGAUUACCCAAAGGCUCUAAAUUUUGGAGGAAUUGGAGUGGUUAUGGGCCAUGAGCUAACACAUGCGUUUGAUGAUCAAGGGAGGGAGUAUGACAAAGAUGGCAACCUGAGGUCAUGGUGGAAGAACUCCUCAGUGGAGGCCUUCAAACACCAGACCGAGUGCAUGAUCGAGCAAUACAAUAACUUCACCAUCAAUGGUGAGCAAGUGAAUGGCAAGCAGACAUUGGGAGAGAAUAUUGCUGACAAUGGAGGUCUGAAAGCAGCCUACCAUGCCUAUGAGAACUGGGUGAAAAGGAACGGUGAAGAACUGACUCUGCCCACCCUGGGCCUCAGCAACAGGCAGCUCUUCUUCCUUGGAUUUGCUCAGGUCUGGUGCUCAGUGCGGACCCCAGAAAGUGCCCACGAGGGGCUUGUCACGGAUCCCCACAGCCCCUCGAUGUACAGGGUGAUUGGAACUGUGGCCAACUCGGUGGAAUUCGCCAAGCACUUCAACUGCCCCCUGGGGAGCCCGAUGAACCCCGUGAGAAAGUGUGAGGUGUGGUGAGUGCGGAGAGUGGAGUGCCCAAAAUUCCUGGAGCAACAAAGCGUGAGAGACUUUGGUGGGGGGAGGUGGUGGGGAAGCCCCAAUCAGGACAUUACCCUGUCUCGUGAAGGAGGGAGAUUUAUUUUAUCGAAAAGCCUGCAAAUCGCGCAGUGUAAAUCUUAUACUCAGUUUCCCGAACAGCGGAUGCUACUGGAACCUGAGAGACGCUGCAAGUGACUAAAACUCCAGGUGUUAAGGGACAGCAUUGUUCAAAGAGUGAAGGACAAUCAUCACCAAACCACAAUUGCUGAUUUUCUGCAGGACACGUUUUAAAUAACUAUUUCUAUUUAGUAAAAUGAACAUUUAAUAUUGUAAAAGAAUGAGCCUGGGGGAUACCCUCAGAGGUUUUGCAGUGGGUCUCUGUGUCACUGGGGGAGAUUCCUGACUGCACUGGCAAACGGAUCUUUUCGGUCAAAGUUGGGAGAUUCCCAGGAAAUUCCCAGUGUCAAAUUUUGAUUGCUGGUUAUCAUUUGUAGUCAUGGGUGGAGUGUACCUGCCUUGGACUAAGUAUGCUGAAAUGUAAUUUAAUUCAAGAGAGAAAUUCUGAAUGUUAACUGCCUCAUUAGCUGCUGCCCAUUCUCAAUGUCUUCUCCCCAUUUACGCAGUUGUUCUCUCGCGUCCUGUGCUCCCUUCGGCUGUGGGAAGAGGUACAGAUGGAUGAGUGGUCAAACUCUUCACCAACCCAUGAAUCUGCCUUGCCCCCUUACACAGUGACCCCAAAGUGAACUCCUGCAGGAUGGUGAGGAUAUCCUGGAGGGAAUAAGUCCUUGCUUUUCAGUUAACCCCAUUGACAUGUGGUGGGUUUGUUUGCAAGCUGGUGGGCAUGUAGACUCUUGCCUGGCCUAUCCCCAAUCAACUGUCCAGAGCCAUGCCCUGAAUACGUGAGGUCGUUGAGGUGGCAGCUUCUUACCACCGUAACGUUAAUGAGCUAUGUUGGCAAUGUGGAAUGAAAUCAAUCUGCUACCAGCCUUGGGCUUUCUAAAUGAGGUCACUGCGCCAUCAGGAGGAAGCUGGCCCACUGUUUGGGAAACAUUGACAAUGUCCACUCAUGUAAAAUUCACCAUAACGUGAACCGUGAAUGCCCUGUGUCGGAGUAUACUGAGUACACAGUUAGAUCCCAGAUACCAGCCUUGCUGUACAGAUUGAUACAGGAUUGAUAUGGGUUACCUUACGGGGAAAAGCAAGUCAGACUGGACUUUGUUUCUCCUGGAGUUUACACAAGUCAAGAGUGACUUGGUUGAAGUGUAUAAGAUCCUGAACGUUCUUAACAAGGUGUUUCCUGUUUUAGCUCAGUCCAGAAUGAUGGGCACUGAUUUCACGGUCAGAGUCAGUGUUCUGGGACAGAGGUGAGAAUUUCUUUCUGACAGAGAGUUGUGUGACUUUGGAACCCUCCUGCUUCGGUAGGUGGUGGAGGGAGGGACGUUAACUAUUUUCAAGGUGGACGUGGAUAGAGUUUUGUUCAGCAGGGAAUCAAGUGUUCAGGGAUAGGUGAGAAAGUAGAUUUUGCAACAGGGGUCAGCUGUGAAUGACAGAACAGUCUUGGGGGGGUGCUGAAUGGCCUACUUCUCCUCCUAUUUCAUAUAUGGAGAUGAUUGGGGGUCAAAGUAGAAAUGAGUUGAGAGGACGGCGUGGUCUAUGCCGGGAGUGUGUUUCAGACAGGGAUAUGACUUGUGUCCAGUAGGCCUACUCACUGCAACAGGAUAGGGUAAAUUAACUUACUGGCAUGCAGGUGAUGGUGUUCCCAUGCACUUCCUACCAUUGUCCUUCUUGAUGAUAGAGGUCAUGGGUUUGGAAGGGGUUAGUGAGUUGCUGUUAUUAACGUAGCCUUUGAAGAACGAGUGUGAUAUGGUCAGCUCAUCGUAGAUUAAGUUUCCACAGUGCACAUUUCUGUGGGUGGCACCAAAAGUGAAUUGAAUUAUUUUAAUUCAUUCACGGGAUGAGGGUAUCACUGGCUAGGCAGCAUUUAUUGCCCAUCCCUCCUUGCCAGAGGGCAGUUGAGAGCCAACCACAUUGCCGUGGGUCUGGAGUCUCAAGUGGGCUUGACCAGGUAAGGAUGGCAGUUUCCUUCCCUAAAUGACAUUAAUGAACUAGAUGGGUUUUUCCAGCAAUCGACAAUGGAUUCACGGUCAUCAUUAGAGUCUUAAUUCCAGAUAUUUUCUAAUUGAAUUCACAUUCCACCAUCUGCCAUGGCAGGAUUCAAACCCAGAUCCCCAGAAAAUUGCCCAGGUCUCUGGAUUAACAGUCCAGUGAAAAUAUCUCCAGGUCCUCAUUGUGGAGUUGGUAAGGCCCAGUGAUCGGGUGGUGCUCCCAAGUUAUCCUGAGUUCUCCCUCUGAUUCGGAACAUUUAUGUUCUUCUUUAAUAAGUUAUUGCACAUUUAAACUGUAAAUCAAUUCAUUUAAAUUCAUAUUCACCUUUUGUUAUAAAUUGGGUUCUAAAGCUGAAGGCUUAUAUUUUGCUGGAAAAUAUUAGGUUUUUUUAAUUCAUUCAUGGGGUGAGGGUAUCUCUGGCUAGGCCAGCAGUUACUGUCUAUCACUAAUUGCCCAGAGAUCAAUGAAGAGUCAACCACAUUUGCUGUGGGUCUGGAGUCACAUGUAGGUCAGACCAGGUAAGGAUUGCAGUUUCCUUCCGUAAAAGACAUUGGUAAUCCAGAUGGGUUUUUCCAACAAUCAACAAUGGAUUCACAGUCAUCAUUAGAUUCUUAACUCCAGAAUUUUAUUUAAUUCAAAUUCCGCUAUCUGCUAUGACAGCAUUUGAGAUCAAGUACCCAGAACAUUACCUGGGUCUCAGGAUUAAUAAUCCAUUGAUAAUACCACUGGGACAUCACUUCCCCAAUGCUGGAUAACCACUUACAAAGAGAAGCAAAUUUAAAUGUCCCCCCACUCUCCUCCAACCAAUUAUUUUUCAGUCUGAGAAAAGUAGCAGCACCAACACUUUCAGAGUUCUGCUCAUUCUGAUCAACACACACAAGAGAAUGUCAGCUUUUUGGCUCUCCACCAUGCUACAUCCUGCCUUGCUCUACUUCCUCUUCCUGCUGCUCAGUCUGCAGAGGCCGUGCUGAGUGUGGGUGAGAGUAAAUGUUUCAUCUUGGGGGAAAGAGACACACAUGAUAUGGAAGAGAUUUGAAGAUAUUGUGAAAUUGUAAUUAUUGUCAAAGGAUGUAUGUGAAUUUAACUAAAUGCCACAUGGCUGUAACAGGUGUAAGAAUAUAUGUAUAUGGUUCGUACAUGGGCUGAAUAUUACUUUUACUAGUCGACUCAUUUUUCUGUGAUCCAUCCUGCUGUUUGCCUCAUUUUACUGUUUUUGCAAACUGUAAUUUCACUCACAAGCAGGAAAACCUGAGUGUCCCAGUAAUACUGUCACCAGGACCAUUUCUCACUUCCAUUCAUUUGCCAGUUCUGUAGACUGUGCAUCUCUAUCAUUAGAUCAGCACAAUAGCGUGAUUGGACCUGACAGAAAAUAACGAUUCUUCCUGUGCUUUUGAUUGUUCACUUUGUGAACCUUGUAGAAAAUGUUGACACAUUCCCCUUAGGCUUUCCUUUGCUGGAAUGGUAGCUACAUGGACUUGUCACCAUCUCAUGAGGUUGGUCUCCAGUUUAACAUCCUCUGUGAAACUGUUGUGAAAUCCUCCACCCUCAGGCUGUGAUUCUCUGACUGUUAAGGCAUCUGUCUCAGCAAACUGCAAAGAAUAAUUGGCAAAUAAAAGCGAGGGACCAUGGGUGCUGAAAAUCAGAAAUAAAACCAGAGAAUGCUGGAGGAGCUCAGCCAGCCUGGCAGCGACUGUGGGUCAAAAUGAAUCUUCUCCAGAGCUGUGAUGAAUUACCAUCAUAAAGGUUUCAAAUUUGACCCUGCGUUCUUGAGGUAAUUCGCAGUGUACAACACCAGUGUAAAAUACCACUGGUUACAGAUCUAUCUUGACCGGUUUCUGGAUCAUUUCAGGUCUGUCAGAAAGAAAUAGAAGUCCCUCUAAUGCACUCAUAAAACAAAGUAAUAUGGGUUUCAGAAGUCUGGUUUUUGAAGAAGUUUGUUUUUUUUAAAUUCGUUACUGUCCCUUUGACAUAUCCAUCAAUGGGCAGUGUCACUAUGAUGUUUACAGAGUAUACUAUGAGCUGGUGUAAGAGAAAAAUCCUAUGUAAACCAAGCACUCUUGCUAAUGCAAUUCCUCAGUGAUUCUCUUAAUCUCUAGCAAGUAGCUGGUGAACAAAUCAUUGCACCCAAAUACCUGCUUGUUCCUAAAUACAGCAGCAAUUGUUGGGUUGGUGCAGGGCUGGACUCAGCUGGCUGAUAACACACACCAAGAAUUAAAAAUUUUGGCAAAGAUCUGUAGCUCAGGUUGUGGGUGAGGUUGUUACUCGCUCACCGAGCUGGCUUGUUCUCUUUCAGACAUUUCGUCACCAUUCUGGGUGACAUCAACAGUGUAGCCUCCAAUGAAGCGAUGUUAUUCUACUGUCAUUUCCGGUUUUGAUCCGCAUGGGUUGUAUAUGGGGUCCAAUUCUGUAUUUUUUGAUAUAGAACCCCAUAUACAAACCUAUACAGAUCAAAAUCAGACAUGACAGUACUCACCAUAACAGACCGGACAGUAUAAAUUCCAAGCAGAAUAGAAUAACAUCACUUCAUCAGAGGCUCUGCUGAUAAUGUCACCCAGAAUGGUGAGAAACAUCUGAACGAGAACAAGCCAGCUUGACGAGCAAGUCAACAUUCUCACACCCCCAAGAAUUUCCACCUGACUGAAGGAAUCAUACAGGGGCAUGAAGUCAGGACAAGGGAAGUUAACGAGGAAGACAUAGUUUACGGAAUUCACAGCCGAAGACCUGGCUAUUCAGCCCAACUGGUCCCUGUUGGUGUUCUUCACACAAGCUCCCUGCUUCAUCCAACAUAUGCUUCCAUCGUUUCAGCCCCGUGUGUUCUAGCAGCUUCAAUAUUCUGUGGGUAUUUAAUUGACUUCAUUUCUAUUGUGAAAGCAAAUGAUUGUGCCUUAUUAAUGACAUGCACAAGUGCAGUUUGUGGUCGGCACUGUCAGUCAUGUCAAUAACUGAGGCUGGAAACCUCCAAUUGAACAGAUGAAGCAGAAAAUGUCAUAAUUCCUGUACAAUACUUUUGACCUUUUCCUUUCAGAGUGAAACAUGAGAGAGAAAUGUUUGAUCUCUGCUAGAGCAUUGUGUACAAUUCUAGACAUCGCACCUUAGGAAGGAUGUCAAAGUCUUGCUCAGGGUGUCAAGAAGAUUUACCCGACGUGGACCAAAGAUGAGAGGACAGAAAAGUUGUGCUUGGUCUCAAUGCAGAGAAUAGUAAGAGGAUGUUUAAUUUCUCAAAAUUGAUCUCUUUUUGACAGAGCACUUGUGGGGUGAGCAUUCCAAUAUGUGGUCAGGGAUUUAAGGUGAUUGGCAGAAGGACCAGAGAAGGAGAAAAAUGUUUCCUUUGAUUUGUGAGAUAUUUUGAUGUGGAACACGCUGCCACAAAGGGUGGUGGAAGCCGAUUCAAGAUUGAAUCCCAGUGGGAAUUGAAUAUUUGUUUUUGUGGGAUCUGGGCGUCACUGGCUGGCCAGCAUUUCUUGCCCAUCCCCAGUUGCCCCCUUGAGAAGGUAGUGGUGAACUGCCUUCCUGAACCACUGCAGCCCACCUGCUGUGGGUGGACCGAGAAUGCCUUUAGAGACGGAAUUCCAGGAUUUUGACCCAACAAUACUGAUGGAACAGUGAUAUAUUUCCAAGCCAGGACGGUGAGUGACUUGGAGAGGAGUUUGAAGGCGGUGGUGUUCCCUUGUCCUUUUAGAUGGAAGUGUUUGUGGGUUUGGAAGGUGCUGUCUAAGGACCUUUGGUGAAUUUCUGCAGUGCACCUUGUAUAUAGUACACACUGCUGCUACUCAGCGUCUGGUGUGGAGGGGGUGGAUGUUUGUGGAUGUGGGGCCAAUCAAGCGGCUGCUUUGUCCUUGAUGGUGUCAAGCUUCUUGAGUGUUGUUGGCAGCUACACUCCUCCAGGUAAGUGGGGAUUAUUCCAUCACACUGCUGACUUGUGCCUUGUAGAUGGUGGUCAGGCUUUGAGGAGUCAGGAGUUACUUGCUGCAGUAUUCCCAGCUUCUGACCUGUUCUUGUAGCCACUGUGCUUAUGCGGUGAGUCCAGUUGAGUUUCUGGUCAAUGGUAACUCCCAGGAUGUCGACAGUGGGGGAUUCAGUGAUGGUAACACCAUGGAAUGCUAAGGGGCAGUAUUAGAUUGUCGCUUAUUGGUGACGGUCAUAGCCUGGCAUUUAUUUGCCGUAAAUGUUACUUGCCACUUAUCAGCUGGAUAUUGUCCACAUCUUGUUUCAUGUGAACAUGGACUGCUUCAGUAUCAGAGGAGUUGUGAAUGGUGCUGAACAUUGUGCAACCAUCAGCGAACAUCCCCACUCCUGACCUUAUGAUAGAGGGAAGGUCAUUGAUGAAGCAGCUGAAGAUGGUUGGGCCUAGGAUACUACCCUGAGGAACUCCUGCAGAGAUGCCCUGGACCUGAGAUGAUUGACCUCCAAUGACCACCACCAGGCACCGGAGACUUUGCCCCCGAUACCCAUUGAUUCCAGUUUUUCUAGGGCUCCUUGAUGCCACACUCGGUCGAAUGCAGCCUUGAUGUAAGGGCUGUCCCUCUCACCUUACCUCUAGAAUUCAGCUGUUUGGUCCAUGUUUGAACCAAGGCUGUAAUGUGAAACAUCUAAUAAAGUGAAAAUGGCGACGUUAUGGGAAAAGAGUAAAGAUAAGUGGGCCUGAUUUGGACAGCUCCAUCAAUGCGCCGGCACUGGCAUGAUGGGCUGUUGAGUCUAGUUGUGUAUGAUUCUAUGACCAGGCCCAUUAAGUGGGUAUAGCAUGAAUUACAGUGCUUGCAGCAUUUGGCGUUUUAAUUCAAAAAACAGUAGGAAAUCAUAACCUGGUUCUGUGCCGUCACUGAUUCCUGGAAACUGGGAGAGAAUGUUUUCCUUUUCUACACUGAGGCUACAUGAAUCAGAAAUGCAGCAGGUUUAUAAAAGCAUGAGCGCAGAUAUGUGUGUGUAUGUGGGCUCUCCGCAGUUAGAUUGCUGGCCAAAGAUGAUCCAUAAUUGCAUGUAAGGUGAAAAACCAUUGAAACUUGUGAAUGAUGCAUUCUGGUCCAACAUGACCUCAGGACAGCGCUCCAGUAAAACCGGCACAUUCAUUUCCAAUGUUGCAUCUUUAAAACUGGUUUCUCCUACAGGACCCGAGCAGUCACUGAUUCAGAAAUUGAUCAUGGUAACCUCUGCCUCGCCUCUAUGUCUCCACUUUUGAGCUGAUUCAUUUCAUACCCUUCCUCCAAACUCUCACUGCAGGCAUCUGUGAAGUUUUCAGUGCCUGUGGACACCUGGUGGUGAGAGUUUAGUGGUUCUCCCAGUCACUGGUAUCAAGGCGGAGGGGGUGGGGUGCAGGGGAUGUAGAAUGGAUUCCAAGUUCCUUUGUGAAAUGGGCAACUUUAUUCUUAAAAUGAUGCACCCCCACCCCCGCUCUUGUUUUGGAUUCUGCUGCCAGAGAAAAGAGAUGAGUGCGGGUGAACUGUCAGAUCUGAAAUCCUCCAGCAUCUAAACGCCACUUGGUCUUCUAUACUCGUCACUGGGGAAGGUGAGCGUGUUCAAUGGUUGAGAUGAUCCAUCCGAAGACUGGAAAGCCACAUGGAUUGAAGGGAUUUGUUAGCACAAGGCUCAAACACAACACUCUCCAAAGAGAGAAGCCCCUGUUGUAAGCUGCCAGCUCUGCCCAUCAUUUGUGUUUAAAAAAACCUUUGAAUUCAUUCACAAGAUGUGGGCAUUACUUGCUGAGCCAGCAUUUAUUGUUUGUCCCUCAUUGCCCUAAAGGAGGUGCUGUUGAGCUGCCUUUUGAACAGCUGCUUGGGGUGUGGCGAUCCAGAGAGAGUUCCAGGAUUUUGACCCAGGGGCAGUGAAGGAAUGGGGAUACAGUUCCCAAGCCUGGACUGACAGUGACAUGGAAGAGAACCUGCAGAGAGGUUAUCUGCUAACUAGUCAGUAUGCAACCAGUUGUUGCUGUCCAGUGGGGCAUUGAGAGUGUUAGCAGUGGUUCCAAACAGUUUUGAGGAAUUAGAUACGACCGCAGGGCAGCAACCGAAGACCAAAUCUAAGCACUGGAAAGGAAUUGGAGGACGGUAGUGUGGUUUGAGGGUUGAUUAUGGGUUAACUUGAGGAAUAGGUUACUUUAUGUCACUGGAUGAUGCUUGGAUGGGUCUGUGGCUCAUGCUAGUUAUGAGCACACUUACCUGCUGCUCUACUUAGCCCAUUCAAUCUCCAAGCCAUCUCCCAGUCAGCGACUCUCUCUGUUAUCAAACCUCAAGACUCCUGUCUGCAGUCUUUCACCAUCAUGCAUUAAAAUUAGAAUUUCCUGCUGGCAGGGAAACCAGUGUAACUGUCUUUUCAUGGAUUAUUUUUGACCAGAACUAGGAGCUUAACAGUUGCCAUCUCAAUAAAAGGCCCAGUAUUCAAGAUGUAACUCUAUUCCUUGUGUGCAGGUAAACAUAAAGGAGCUAAAACAUACCUUUAUUUAAAGAAAAUAAGUAUUACUGUCCCACUGGCAAUUAAAUGCAAUCAAAUUAAAUUUUAAAAUAUGAUUGUGUCAAAAUCUUGCAACUUACUCCCUGACAGCAUAGAAGGUGUCCCUGUAAUUGCUGCAGCAGUUUGUGAAAACAAUUCAUCUCCUCGUUCUCAACUAGAGUUAGAUAAGCAAACUGGCCAAACCGAUAUCCUCUGAGGGAAUAAUAAAAAUCAGUUACAUUUAUCAAUACAGCUGGAAUAUUCCAGCUGUAUUGAAUAUUGUGUAAUAAAUGCGAAACAUCACAAAUGAUGGAAGUCUGAAAUAAAAAAACAGUGCCAAAGAAACUCAGCAGGCCUGAGUUUAAGAGGUACAAAACAGAGUUAAUGAUGCACGUCCAGUGUGCCUUUCUUUUUAGGAGCAUUUGGUAUUUUAACUCUGUUCUCUCUGAAUUCUCAGGCUGAGAUUUUCCAAGUUAUAUUUUCGGCCCUGUCAAGAGAGAGUGCCCAUCACUAUACGUCGACACUAGAAUUCAUAAUCGAUUUAUAUCCAUCACAUGCCUUUUAUUCUCUUUAAGUCAGAGGGAUAUCAAUCAUAGGUCGUAUUAUUUCAAGAGGGACAGCAGAAGGGAAAUUGCUUGCGAUUGAUAACUGUGCAUGGAAAUUAUUACAUGCGUGUAAGCCGCAGGAGAGACCAAUGGGUAAAAUAAAAUGCCAACACACAGUACAAAAGCUUCUAUGUAAAGAAUGACACUUAUUGAGUUAUUGAUUUGCCGGGACUUUUCCAGAGCCACCUGAUGUUGAAGCGUGAACUUCAGGACGCUGAACAGACGAAUGAGGGAGAGCAGUGACUGGUGGGGGAGAGGGUACGGACAUCAAAAUAAAUUAUUUGACUUGAGCUCUUGUUUCAUUGGUCUUAAAGUCCGGGGAGACAGCUAGGUCACUGGCUCCCGAACUGGGAAAUAAGGAUUCUUUUCUCUCCUCUUCGGGAGGGAGAAGAAACGGGAACAAAUUGAUGUCAGGUGAUCAGGGAUACAGCAUGGGCGGUCACCUGACUGCGCCUGCUCAAACCCGCUCAAGCAGAUGUGUGGGCAAAGAUGCCAGUAUGAACCCGCUCUCCUGGGUGAAGUAGCAAUCGGAAUGUCAGGAUUAGGAGGAAACGUGGUUAGCACGGACUGCAGCAGUUCAAAAAGGCACUACCACCUCAAGGGAGGGCCAAGAAAUCCUGGUUUAACCAGCAAAGCCCAUAUCCUAUUAAAGAAAUAAAAUAAUUUGGAUCAGCCAGAAUUUCCUGGCAAUAGAAUUUCAAUUUGAUUAGUAUCCCCUUGUCCCACUGUGGACCAUGAAUCUGAGGGUUUCUGUGGCAUAGUGGUAAUGUCCCUACCUCUGAGCUAGGAUGCCAAAAUUUAAGUCCCAUCUGCCCCAGAGGUGUGCCAUAACAUCUCUGAACAGGUUGUUUUUAAAAAUUUCUAGACUAGAGUUAGACUCUGGCCUGGGCGCCAGAGCUGCCCUCAGCACUCAAAGGGGUAGAAUCAUAUAGCACAGAAACAGACCUUUCGGCCCAACCAGUCCAUGUUGGCCAUAAUCCCAAAGUAAUCUAGUCCCACCUGACUGUGUUUGGUCCAUGGUCCCUCCAACCAUUUCUUGUUCAUAUAAUAAUCCAAAUGCCUUUUAAACAUCGCAACUGUACCCUUGUUCACCACAAGAUGUGUCUUCUGACUGUAACCAAUCACCAUAUCAAUCUUCAUUUUCUCUUAAUAUUGGCUCGUAAAGAGAAACUAUUUGCAGAAUUUUAUAUACCUAAAUGUUAUUUUCUUGUAAGGUUGACCAAUGUUAUUUUGAGUGAGUGUUGUACAGAGUCUCGUUAAUGAGGUUUCCGGUUGAUGUGAUCCAACUGUUGGUGCCCACUGCGUGUGUUUUGUUUAUACAGACUGAAAUGUUUGAAUUAUAAUUAAAUCAUUACUGAAGAUGUU